AUGGCGCAGCCAAGCAAGCAGCAGCUCUCGUCUCAUAGCACCCAUUUAAAUGCCGUCCCCUCGAUCACAUCCCCCUAUACACACAAAGCAAACAUGUCUUACGGCGGAAACGACAGCUCCAACUACGGUUCCAGCAGGGACAACGAGGCCAGCUACGGCUCUUCUCGCAACGAGGACUCCUACGGCUCCUCUCGCCGCGACAACGACGACUCUUACGGCUCAUCACGCAAUGAGGACUCUUACGGUUCCUCCCGUCGCGACAACGAGGACUCCUAUGGUUCAUCCCGCAAGGACAAUGACGACUCCUACGGAUCCUCUCGCAAUGAGGACUCAUACGGCUCCUCCCGCCGCGACAACGACGACUCCUACGGGUCCUCCAACACCUCCAACCCCGUGAAGCACUCCGCCUUUGACGAAUCAACCUCCUCCAACCUCGCCGGCGCAGACUCCCUCGCCUACAACGCCUCCGAGAACAACGGCCGCACCUACGACAACGACACGUCCUCCUACGGCAACACCACCUCCAGCACCACCAACGACUCCUCUUACGGAUCUUCUACCCGCCGCGACAACGACGACUCCUACGGUUCAUCCACCCGCCGUGACAACGACGACUCCUACGGCUCCUCCACCCGCCGCGACAACGACACCACCACCUCGUCCUACGGCACAACCGGCCGCAACGAUGACUCCUACGGCUCCUCAGGCCGCAUCGGCGGCAACGACGACUCCUCGUACGGCUCGUCCGGCCGCAACGAGAGCGAUUCCUACGGAUCUUCGCGCCGCGACAACAACAACAACAACGACAACGGCAACUCGUACGGCUCUGACUCCUACGGCAGCAGCGUCAACAAGGGCGACAAGGGAGGAGACAGCAAGCUGGGCAAAGUCCUGGAGAAGGCGGGCAGCUUGCUCAACAGCGACAAGCUCGAGAGCAAGGGACACGAGAAGAGGGAGGCCAAGGGGGCCUUUGGCAGCAACGAUGACUACUAG